AUGUCAAGAACAAGUGAAAAAUCGUUCAUAAGAAAGGAUCAAAUUCGGGACAUCGGAACCUCGAGUGUUCUUGGACUGCUGAACUUUAUUGCCCUGUGCCUUGCUGCAAACUAUGGGCGGAUCCCCAGUUUCGCCGCUGCCGCGUUCUUCUUCGCUGUGAUGCUGGUUGCCCUAGUGGUCGAAACCGUGUUCCUCUACAACACACACAAAAGCACAGUCAGCCAGCCCAAUUUUGGCAGCCCCUACGUGGGUGAUGAACAAUCAGUUGUGCCGACUGAAGCAAUUCCAAACUACAACAGCGCGGAACGGCAGCCAAGUAUUGUACCCUAG